UCCUGCACCUGACCUUGGCCUCCACUCCCAUGGACCUCGCCAAAGGCAUCCUGCUGGCACUGUUCACCGGCAUCGAAGUGGUCAUCUGUGCCUUAGUGGUGGUGAAAAAAGACACAUCUUCGCACAGUUACCUGCAGUACAGCGGCCUGGUGACCUGGGUUGUCAUGGCUACUCAGAUUCUGGCCACUGGCCUCGGCCACGGACUCUUGGGAGAUGGCAUCGGUUACGUGCUUUUUACGCUUUUUGCCACUUACAGUAUGCUUCCUCUCCCUUUGAUCUGGGCGAUCCUGGCUGGCUUUCUGACUUCCGUGCUCCAUGUUGUGGUACAAUUACUCAUUCCCCGAGCUGCAGCCCCAACCACCAACCAGGUCAUAGCCCAAUCGGUAUUAUUCAUGUGCAUGAACACGGCCGGAAUAUUUAUCAGUUACCUGGCUGACCGGGCGCAGCGCCAGGCGUUCCUGGAAACCAGAAGAUGUAUUGAAGCGAGACUUCGACUGGAAACGGAGAAUCAGCGACAGGAGAGGCUGGUUCUUUCAGUUUUGCCACAGUUUGUUGUAUUGGAGAUGAUUAAUGACAUGUCAAAUGUGGAAGAUGAACAUUUACAGCACCAGUUUCAUAAAAUCUACAUACAUCGAUAUGAAAAUGUAAGCAUUCUCUUUGCAGACGUAAAGGGUUUUACCAACCUCUCUACAACCCUGUCUGCACAGGAGCUCGUGGGGAUGCUGAAUGAAUUGUUCGCAAGAUUUGAUCGACUUGCACAUGAACAUCACUGUCUCAGAAUUAAGAUCCUGGGAGAUUGCUAUUACUGCGUAUCUGGACUCCCUGAGCCACGUCAAGACCAUGCACACUGCUGUGUUGAAAUGGGCCUUAGCAUGAUCAAGACCAUAAGAUAUGUGAGAGUUCACACAAAGCAUGAGAUUGACAUGCGUAUAGGUAUACACUCUGGAUCUGUACUCUGUGGAGUUCUCGGGCUUCGGAAAUGGCAAUUUGACGUCUGGUCCUGGGAUGUUGACAUAGCAAACAAACUGGAGUCUGGUGGCAUCCCUGGGAGGAUUCACAUUUCCAAGGCAACACUGGAUUGUCUAAAUGACGAUUAUGAGGUGGAGGAAGGUCACGGAAAAGAGAGAAAUGAGUUUCUGAGGAAGCAUAACAUUGAAACAUAUCUGAUAAAACAGCCAGAAGAAAGCCUGCUAGCUCUUCCUGAAGACAUUAUGAAAGAAUCCAGUACAUCCUGCGACACAAAAAAUAGUACUGCAACGUUUACUGAAGGUUCCUGGAGUCCCGAGCUUCCUUUUGAUAAUAUUGUUGGAAAACAGAAUACUUUGGCUGCCCUUACAAGAAAUUCAAUAAACCUGCUUCCAAACCACCUUGCACAAGCUUUGCAUGUCCAGUCUGGGCCUGAGGAAAUUAACAAGCGAAUAGAACAUACCAUCGACUUAAGGAGUGGGGAUAAAUUAAGAAGAGAGCAUAUCAAGCCUUUCUCUCUGAUGUUUAAAGACUCCAGCCUGGAGGAAAAGUAUUCACAGAUGCGAGAUGAAGUUUUCAAGUCAAACCUGGUGUGUGCUUUUAUUGUUCUAAUAUUUAUCACAGCAAUACAAAGUUUACUUCCUAUAUCAAGAAUGAUGCCAAUGGUGAUCCAGUUUACCAUUUUGAUCAUGUUGCAUGCUGCACUGGUAUUAAUUACUACAGCAGAGGAUUACAAAUGUCUGCCAUUAGUUCUUCGAAAAUCAUGCUGCUGGAUCAACGAAAACAAUUUCGCAAGGAAUGUCAUCAUAUUCGCCUCCAUUUUGAUAAACUUUCUUGGUGCUAUAAUAAAUAUAUUUUGGUGUGACUCUGAAAAAUCGAAAACUGAUAAGAACCAAACGUUCAAUUCUACUGCCAAGUGUACAGAUAUAUGCUUCUAUCCCGAGUAUUUUGUGUUUACUGGAGUGCUAGCAAUGGUGACCUGUGCAGUGUUUCUCCGUCUGAAUUCCAUCCUGAAACUUGCCGUUUUACUGAUAAUGAUUGCGGUUUACUCGCUACUGACUGAAACCAUCUACAGCUCGCUCUUUGUUAGAUAUGAUAACUUCUAUCACAGUGGAGACAGAGACUUCUUAGGCACGAAAGAAACCUCCCUGCUACUCAUGGCAAUGUUUCUCCUCGCUGUAUUUUAUCAUGGACAGCAGUUGGAAUACACAGCGAGACUGGAUUUCCUUUGGCGUGUUCAAGCAAAAGAGGAAGUGAAUGAAAUGAAAGAGCUUCGCGAACAUAAUGAAAAUAUGCUCCGAAAUAUUCUACCAAGUCAUGUUGCACGCCAUUUCUUGGAAAAGGAAAGAGACAAUGAGGAACUUUAUUCACAGUCUUAUGAGUCUGUGGCUGUGAUGUUUGCCUCAAUUCCAGGAUUUGCAGACUUCUAUUCCCAAACUGAAAUGAAUAACCAAGGAGUAGAAUGUUUACGUUUACUAAAUGAAAUAAUAGCAGAUUUUGAUGAGUUGUUGGGAGAAGAGCGAUUUCAAGAUAUUGAAAAAAUUAAAACAAUUGGAAGCACUUACAUGGCUGUAUCUGGAUUGUCACCUGAAAAGCAGCAAUGUGAAGAGAAGUGGGGCCAUCUGUGUGCUCUAGCAGACUUUACCAUUGCUUUAAAUGAAAGCAUACAAGAAAUAAACAAACAUUCCUUCAACAAUUUUGAACUUCGGGUUGGUAUUAGCCAUGGCUCAGUCGUUGCAGGGGUUAUUGGCGCUAAGAAACCACAAUAUGAUAUCUGGGGUAAAACUGUAAAUCUGGCAAGUCGUAUGGACAGCACAGGCAUCAGUGGAAGAAUCCAAGUGCCGGAAGAUACAUAUCUUAUCCUAAAAGACAAAGGGUUUGCCUUUGAGUACAGAGGUGAAAUAUAUGUCAAAGGGAUAAGUGAACAAGAAGGGAAGAUUAAAACAUAUUUUCUUCUGGGAAGAGUGCAACCGAAUCCACUUAUCAUGCAACCAAGAAAGCUAACCAGUCAAUACUCAUUAGCUGUUGUUGUCCUUGGACUUGUACAGUCAUUAAAUAGACAAAAACAAAAACAAAUGCUGAAUGAAAAUAACAACUCUGGCAUAAUUAAGGGACAUUACAACAGAAGGACAUUACUUACUCCCAAUAUACCUGAGACUGUGCCACAGGUUGAAGGCUCAGAAAAAACUGAAAUGCCAUGACAAAAUUUUCAUUGUGUUGUAAUUUUGUAUUUCUUUUA